AUGACUUACAAAAAGUCAACGAAAUCCAAGCUUAAAACAUCUUGCUAGUGCACCUUAUUAUCCCCACCGAAAUCACAAGCACCAACUCAUCCUUCCCCAUGGAGUUCAAGCAUUUUAGCCACAACCAUAGCCUCAUUGUUCACCAAGUGAUUCAAGGAACCGAAGUCACUUGCUCCGGCUGCAACUCUCCGGCCACGGGCGCGGUCUACGUGUGCUGGCCUUGCAAUUUCUUCCUCCAUGAAUUCUGUUUCAGCGCGAGCCGCUCCAUGACACAUGCAUCUCACCCUCCUCACCCUCUUACCCUCGUGCCUUACCCUACUUACCCCUCCAACACAUUUUAUUGCAACUCAUGCAAUCUUGUUGGGACUGGAUUGUCCUAUAGUUGUUCGCAUUGCGACUUUGAUCUUCAUGUCCAUUGUGCUUAUAUGCCAACAAGUGCUAACCAUACCCCUCAAACUUGUGAUGUUCCAGACAUUACUCUUCAGAAUCAAACGCAUCAUCCUCAGCAAGUUCAUUUGGCUCCUCCCGUUGAGGCCCGUGAUGACGCUACUGUGGAUCACAAUACGAAAAAUGAAGCAAUGCCUAAUCCUAGUGGGGAGGUGCAAGUACUGCAAAGUGAUGAUCCAGUGGGGGUGGAAAAUGCAGGCGCGAGUCGGGUCAUAAAACCUCGUGGCCUAAAGCAUUUCAGUCAUUCGCAUCCCCUGUAUCCAUCCGAAUUUGAAGACGAGGACCCCUUAUUUUGUUCGGCUUGUGAGGAAGAAAUCAUUGGCACGGCCUAUCGUUGUAGCAAAUCCAAAUGUGACUACCAUCUCCACAAAAAAUGCUUCGAGUUGCCUAGAGAAAUUCGACACAAGUCCCACGUCGAACACCCCCUGACUCUUCUUGCAUCUCCGGUAAACAAAGAAACAGAGAAGUUUACUUGCAAUGCAUGUUUCGGAGUAGGAAGUGGUUUCACCUACAAUUGCUCAACUUGUGACUAUGACCUCCAUGUCAGCUGUUCUUCAUUGCCCGAAACUGUUAAAUCUGACCAUCAUGAUCACGAGUUAUCGCUUAUGUACUCAAGCCCGGUUACUGAAAACGAGAAAGCAGAGCAGCCUGGGAUCACAUUCUCGUGUAAAGUUUGUGAAAAUGUUGUGCCAGAAAGCUAUUGGUUGUACUAUUGUGCGGAUUGCAAGUAUGGGAUACAUUUAGGCUGUCUGAAUGAGAAGGACAAAUAUGAAGGUAAAUCGCUUGAGGAAGUUGUGGUGGAUCAUCAGGCUCAGAUGCAGAGGCUUCAGAUUCAGAUGGACAUGGCUCGUCAAAAUGCGCAGUUUCUCAUCAGCAUGGGACAGAGUCUGGCCAGCUUAUAAGGAAAAAGUUGUGUAUUGAUUUCAUGCUUAUUUGUUUUCUUGGUUUUGAGUUGGAAAUAUUCUUCAUCUGUUUCUGAGAUUCUGCAACCACUUUAUGCAUUCAGUUGUGUUAAAUAUUUCUGGUUGGCAAUAAUAAACCUGCAAACGUUUUGAUAGAGUU